AAUGAUAAGAGGGACGAGAAGGGAGAAGAAGAAAUUUUAAUUGUUGACAUCUGAAGUUCGAACUUUUAUCAAGCUGUAAAGAAAUUAUAAGCUUUCAGACAUUUUGCCAGGUUCAAAAUGGCAUGUUUAAAAAUAUUUUCUCUCGCAAGACAAGGUGCCACACACAGAAUUUUGCAACAGGCUGCAACCAAUAAUUUGGUUCAAAAGCGUAGCAAGUACGUCCAUGUUGGACUGAAGACGACCAGUGAUGAUUUAAAGAAUAGUCUUGAAGAAGGAAUGCAUGAAAUUUACUUAACAGAAAUAAUGAGAGGUCUGGGUGUCACACUGGCUCAAAUUUUUAAGGAGCCAGCCACUAUUAACUAUCCCUUUGAAAAGGGGCCAUUGAGUCCACGGUUCCGAGGGGAACAUGCUUUAAGGAGGUACCCAUCAGGCGAAGAGAGAUGCAUUGCUUGCAAGUUGUGCGAAGCAAUUUGUCCUGCACAGGCCAUCACAAUUGAAGCAGAGGAACGAUCAGAUGGAAGCAGGCGCACAACUCGAUACGAUAUUGACAUGACAAAAUGUAUAUACUGUGGGUUCUGUCAAGAAGCCUGCCCUGUUGAUGCUAUUGUUGAAGGUCCAAACUUUGAAUUUUCCACUGAAACUCACGAAGAACUCCUAUACAACAAGGAAAAGCUGUUGAACAAUGGUGACAAGUGGGAAUCUGAGAUCGCCUCUAAUAUUCAUGCUGAUCAUUUGUACCGAUAAAUUACUAGAGAAUCUAAUGAGAAGGCUUCUUUGUAAAGUUUUGUAGUUUUGAAGCUUUCUACUCAAUAAUUAAAACUUAGCACUAUCGAAAAUUGAAGAUCUUCCUGUCAGAGUGGUUACUGCGUGUUCCCGGAAGGGAAAAAAAUGUGGGUUCCCAUAACUGUAAAAGGAUUUACCUGAUUGUUGAACCAUCAGAUGUGUGUAGCUUGUAUGUUAAAAUCAAUUCCUGUAAAAACUGCUGCUCUUGUUCAAUAAACUUCCAUCCGUAAUAGCAGCAGUGUGAGUAAAUAUUAUUACGAUGUAAAGUCACCAGUUUUGAACAAACUGAAAAUGAAUCGUUUUGUGAUAAUUAUUAAAAUCUACUUGUUUGUUUCAUGAA